AUGAGGCAUUCUCCGCAUAUGAAAUUGGUUGCGGUGAUGAAAUGUUUAUGCAAAAGUACUCCAGCUGAUAGUGUUGAUGAUUACACUCGUAUGGGUGCUACCACAAUAUACAAGUAUAUAAAAAGAUUUUGCCACAUCGUUUGCAUGACUUUUGGAGCAAGAUAUUUGCGUGAACCCACUUCUGAAGAUGUUCAGAGGUUGCUAGCUGAGAAUGCCGACCGAGGUUUUCCUGGAAUGCUUGGUAGUGUUGAUUGUAUGCAAUGGCCAUGGAUGAAUUGUCCGGUAGCUUGGCAAGGAACUUACCGAGGUAAAGAUAAAGAGAGUAGUUUGGUAUUAGAGGCGGUGGCAUCAUAUGAUUUGUGGUUUUGGGAAGCCUUUUUUGGAAUGCCUGGAUCAAACAACGAUUUGAAUGUGUUGGCACACUCACCCCUUUUUGAUAACAUGCUAAAGGAUGUAGCACCUCCAUGCAAUUAUGUCAUCAACGAUCACCUAUACAAUAUGGGUUACUUCUUAGCCGAUGGUAUCUGUCCAAAGUUGACUACAAUUGCACAAGAUUUUUCUCAGACAUUGGAUAUUCCCGACUUUGUUAGACUACACACUUGCUGCAAAAGUUGA